GUGGAUGUUAAGGAUGUAGUAGGAAAUGAGACUGUUUGGUUGCUGACUCAGAUUCAGAAAAAAUAAUGAGAGGGAACAGAAAAACAUAAAGACUCUCAUUUGCUGGAAUUACAGAGUUCCUUUCCAGCUGCAAAAGUUCAAGUAAUCUGAGAUUUGUGUUCUGUUCAGAUCAAAUCACAAGUAGAUCUCAUCUGGGUUUUAUCCGAAGAGUGAAGUUGGAUGAAUCUUGAAGCCAUCCAAGUGUUGCAAAAUCUUUGAAUUUUCAAGAAAUUAAGAUUAGCAGAAAAGAAUCAGAUAUGAGCAGUCUUCUGUACAAAUACAAUCCUAAUUUUAAGGCCUCGGAGGGAGAGCUGAGGAAGAACCACGCGGCGGAGUUCAUGGAUUCGGAUAUUUUCCACCAGCAGCAUCCUCAGCAGCAGCAGAGCUCCGGCUUAACGCGGUAUCAGUCAGCUCCAAGCUCAUUUCUGAUGCAGCAGAUGGACAACAAUGGCGGCGGAACCGAGGAUUUGCGGUAUCUUCAACCUUCGAGCCCUGAAGUCGAAACGGUGCUGCCCAGGUUCAUUUCUUCAUGUAACGAACCAGGUCAACGUGACAAUGGUGUGCAGCAGCAUCAGUUUGAAAUCCAAGAGACGCCGGUAAAUGUGAAGGGAGAGGCAGGGGACUCUGUUUCUGAGCACAUUAAUGGUUACUCGAAUUCUACUCAUAUGAUGUACCAAGCUCCUCGAGGUCAGCAAGCUCAUGGUUUAGACAGCAGCUCCUUUGCUGCAGUCAACUCUACGGGAAUGGAGAAUUCAAUGAUGCAGUCGAAAAUUGGGGUCGGAAAUCGGUCUAAUAUUGUUAGACAAAGUAGCUCUCCGGCUGGAUUCUUCCCGGACUUGACCGUUGACGAUGGCUUUAACGUGAUGAAGGACUCGGCAGGAUAUCGCGCAGGCAAUGGUACAAAUGGAGAAGCCAGUCCAUCAACUUCUAGGUUUGGUACUCAACUGAGUUUCUCAUCAAGGCCAUCUUCAUACUCAGGUCGAAUGCCUCCGAUUGCUGAAAAUGAGAAUGGGAACUUGGGAGAAGGUAGCCAAUCGCAACCGGAUCAUAGUUUAGGAAAUGCUAAUGGUAGCAAUUCACCUUACCAGUCUAGCUUCGCAAAUGAUUCGUGGGACGAUUCUUCAUUUAAUGACCUCAAAAUAGCCAGAGACAAUGGGAACAAGUUUUCUACUUCGACUGCAUUCGAAUCACAGAACAAUGAUUUUGGACACCGCAAUCAUGGCUUGACGCAACACUUGAGGUUUUCCAAACAUUUUGAGACGCCUGCUAUGGAGAAGUAUUUGCAAUUUGAAGAUUCUACUCCUUGUAAAAGUCGUGCCAAAAGAGGCUUCGCCACUCACCCGCGAAGCAUUGCAGAGAGGAAGAGAAGGACGCGGAUUAGUGAAAGAAUGAAGAAAUUGCAGGAGCUUUUCCCAAACAUGGACAAGCAAACAAACACGGCAGAAAUGUUGGACUUGGCGGUCGGGUUCAUAAAGGACCUUCAGAAACAGGUUAAGACACUCAAGGAUACGAAGGCGAAGUGCAGUUGUUCGAGCAAACAAUAACAAAUUCAACGCAAAUCCUUGUGUCCGGUUCGUUCAUGUAAAGAUAGCAGUAGAAGAUCGGAGAGGAAAAGGAAAGCGAUUUCUUUUUUGUUUUCGGGUUUAUUUCACUUGAGGGAGAAUAGUAGGAUGGUAGGAUGUAUUGUGGGUGUCGAAUUGUAACCUGUUUAAUGUUAACCUUGUAGGCAGGCUUCUGUUGUUUCAAUUUCAUCAUGGACCUCAAAGCACUUAGUGAUGAGUGAGAGUCGAGAAGUGAAUUACGAUGACAAUAUGUUAUGUUUCGAUCCCUUCCAAUGUAAACUUUAUGGCCUCUCAAGCUUCAUUUCCAGAAGCAAAAUCAAUGCAGCACCCCGCAUUGUUGAGUUGUU